AUGUUGGCUUCCGAGCACACAGCAUCCAAGGCCGCACUCUCACUGUUGCUCCUCCUGGGCUCUGUUCUGACUAUGGCCAAGUCCGUUAACAAUUCCAGUAGCUCCGCAGGCGAUGGAAAGUUUUCCUUAGAGCUUUUCGGACACCUGGCGAAGUCGGAGGCUGGUGGAAAUCUCGUAGUCACAACUGGCCACUACACUUUGGCCUACCUGGGCUCCGAGGGCACGACUGCAGAGGAGCUGAAGCAAGGCCUCGCAUUGGAGGGAGCCGACAAGAAUGAGGUUGGCCAACGAUUCGCUCAGCUCUUGGCCAAAGCACAAACGAAAACUAAGGAGGAUGAGGAUGGCGUCCAGUUCAACUAUGCCAACCGUCUCUACGUGGCUGAGCGCUUCAGGCUAGCCCAGGCCUAUCAAAAAUUGGCCGCUAAAGGCUUCGACGCAGCUGCCGAGAAAGUAAACUUCGCUCAAGGCUCGAAGGUGGCCCAGAAAAUCAAUUUCUGGGUAGAGGAGCAGACCCAUAAUCAAAUUAAGGACCUCAUUAGCGCCGACUCCCUCGACGCUGAGACGGUCGCCAUCCUGAUCAAUGCGAUCUACUUCAAAGCCGACUGGGUGCACAGUUUCGCCGAGUACAAAACGGACCUGCAAAACUUUGUCCGCCAUAAUGGAGCAAGGGUCAAGGUGAACACCAUGUAUCAGUCCGACUUUUUCAGGUAUGGCGAGCUGUCCUCUCUGAAAGCAAAGGCAUUGGAAAUGCCCUACAAAGGCACGGACAUUGUGUUCCUGAUCAUUCUGCCUCUGGAGGAGCAGGGACUGCCCGAACUUGAGCAAAAGCUUAGUGGACAUGACCUAAACGUGAUUAGUUCGCAUUUGACCAGACAGAUGGUGGAGAUACAGCUACCCAAAUUCAAGUUCGAGUUCGAUGUCUCCCUGCAGCCUGCGCUGAAGGAGAUGGGCAUCGAAGCCCCAUUCGGUCCUCAAGCUAACUUCAGCAGCCUGCUCCACACCCCGGACCCCCUGAAGAUCACCGAGGUGAAGCACAAGGCUCUCAUCGAGGUAGACGAGAACGGAACCACUGCCAGUGCCGCCACAGCAGUCAAGUUCUCACUAGAGUCUGCGUUCAUGGGGGAAGUACAGCAGUUCACCGCAGACCACCCCUUUUUCUUUGCCAUCAAGGACGCGCAGAGCACCUACUUCUUGGGCCACGUUAACCAGCCCUAAGC